CCUCCCCCCGCCACGGCUCUUGGUCUUUUCCCGCCCUUUUCCAACUGUCACUCCCAGCCUCGUGCCCUGAGGUGCCAGGGUUGGGGAGGGGCCCCUCAUUCCCACAGCUCAUUAGCCCCCAUCCCACUAAUUAACACCCGCUGAGCCCAGGGAAUGGACUGAGGGGUCCUUAGUAGCCAACAAUUAAGCCCUAAUUUAGUGCCCUGGAGUAAUUAAUACACUGAUAAAUCACGGCCCAUGAAUAACCAGCUUCCUCCGACAAAUUACAGUACCAAUGAGCAUUAAUACAAGAAUGAGCAACUGGCCAUGGAAAGGCAACAGCCAUCCCUAGUUACUAUUUAAUGCAUCAAGUGCCCAUCAAUAACCUAUCACCUCUAGUUAAUACAAUUAAUCUCUUGACUACAUAUAUUAUUAACAAACAAGCUAUCAAUAGUCAAUCAUUCCUAAUAAGAACCAUUAGCUUAACAUCCUACCAAUAACCCAUGGAUAAGUAAAAUAUACCUGAAAAAACAUCCCAUCGAUCCCUAACCCCUUCAAUUAAUAGUUUAUGGAUAAUUAAUAUAAUGGCUAACAGUGACCUAGCAUAUAGAUACUUGCCCAUUAAUGAAUAAUAGCACUUUCCUAGCCAGUCACCUAUUUUUCGGAAUAUACUGAAACCAUAGAUAAUCUAACAAUAAUAACCUAUCAAUACAUGUUACUCUUCCAUAACUAAUAUGAUUUAUAUUCCAUCCAUGGUCAUACAUUUGCAAAUUAAAUGUAUGACCAUGGACAGAAUAACCUGUGGGGUUCAAUUAAUCUCUGAUAACCUGUGAGGUUCAAUUAACUGAUGAAUAAUGUAAAUUACAUGUAAUAAAAACCUAAUUAAUAAUUGAUAGUUUUUACAUUAUUGAAUACAAAUAGUCCUCACCCCUCUUCAAUCAGUGUUAAUCCAUACCAAAUUAAUCUCCCAUCAUUUCUAUGCAUUUGAGAUAACGCUUGGUGUAAUUAAUAUAUGAAUGGGUCAGAGAUUUUGAAUAACCUAUGACUCCUAACGGAUUACAUGAUUUAUAAGCCAGAGGUGGCUGAUGAAUAUAUGAAAAUAGUGGUCUACUAAUGGCUAGUCAUCUCCAAUUACAAAAUUGUAUCAAUAAAUUACCCAGAGUAAAAUAAAUAAUAGGUCAGUGUUUAUCAAGACUCCGCAAUUCUAAUGUACUGAUGCAAUUCAGAGCUGAUGAUGAUCAAUUGACCCUUCCUAAUCAUUACAAGCUCAUAAAAAGUAACCUCAUGAAAAAGCACGUUAUUUAAUAAUUAGCCAAUUAAUCAGAGUUCAUAGCUUCAUAGUUUUGAUGUUAGAGGCUGGAAGGGACCUUACAGAUCAUCAGGAAUGGCCAUAAAUAAAUAGCCUAUGAUUAAAUGACCUACAAAUAUUAAAUAGAUAGUGAAUCAAUGCAGCACCACACCUGAUAAAUAAGCAAAAACAAUAAACUAGUAGUGGAGUCUAAUCAGUAUAUAACCCCUAAGCAUUGCUAAAUACAUAAUAGGUGAAGCAUAAUGACAAACUAAUACAAAUCAGUCAAAAAUUAAUAAAUUACCAAUGCAACAAAAUUAAAUAGCAAAAAUGAAUUAUCAACAUAAUUAAUGGAUAGCCAUUGCUAACAAUAAUAUUUAAAAUAAAAAUAGGAGCAACAGAUUUUAUUAUCUAACCCUGGCUAAUUCAUAUUCUAAAGUUAGAAGGCUACGCUGUGGACCUAUAAAUAAGCUAGCAAGUCAUUGAUAACAUUUGCAGUCAAUAGGCCACCAUCAAGUAAUGAACUGUAAUGCAUAAAAAGAUAGCUAAUAUAAAACAGCAAUGCUUAUAAUUAACACAUAAGUAAUAUUUGAUAAUUGUAUCCACUCAUCUUCCACAUACAGACAUAUCCUGUCCACCACCAAGUACGUCUGAAUAUCCAUCUAGCCACUUCCCUCCAUCUCACCAUCCAUCUAGCUGAACAUCCCUCCCUCCAUCUCUAACAGUAUCUCUGUCUCCUGGAUUAUCCAUCUCUCACCCCCAACCUGGGCCCUUGUGGCAGUAACUCCUCCUUUGUCCAUCUCCUCACAGCAUGGACUGGUUCCACUGCAACCAAUGCUUUCAUCAAAAUGGGGCAGAGUUCUCCAUCACCAGCUGUGGACACAUUUUCUGCAGGAAGUGCACUGGCUGUGAUAAAUGCCCCGUUUGCAGAACGACCUGUAAAUACCUGUCCCUCUCCGAUAAUAUGAAACCGCAAGAAAAGAUGUUUUUCAAGAAACCAGUGGAAGUUGCCCUCAAGCAUUUUGCCCACAUUACCCAGGUGUGGCGGUUCCAACAGAAUCAGAGUGAGCUCCGGCUCUCCUUCUACAAGCACAAGGCGUCCCAGGCAGAGAGGGCCCUGCAAGAGGUGCGCCAGAAACUCACCACCUGUGACAGAGAGCUAGAGCUGCUGAGGCAGGAGAACCGAGAGCUGAAGAAAUACCUGAAUGUCCUCAAGGCCUCCCCCAGCCGAUGUCAGGUCAGCAGAAAUAACACACCCCGACCAGUGGGCAUCACCUCCCCAUCACAGAAAGUCACCCCGCGGUCAGGUCCCCAGCACUGCAGCCAGGUGGUUAGCCGCUUCUCCUCGCUGGACUCUCUCCCCUACCGGAGUGCUGGCACCUCCAGCUGGCAGGCUGCAGGCAGGACCCCAGCAGACUCCAGCAAUGCCACCCCAUCACCAGCUUCCACACACAGCCAGUCUUACAGGACUUCCUCCUCCUCAUCCCAGACCCCUGGCCUGGGCAUCUUCCCACCACGCCCCUUGGCAGGAAGGGAAGGUGACAGGGAAUCCAGUCGUGCCACCCCCACUCUCACAGUAGGCAUCUUUUCAGAUCAAGGAGAGGAGAGCACCCCCACAGAGAACCAGAGCCUGAUGAGACAGCGGCUUAUGCAGCUGCGGUUCAUCCCUCCCUCCGCCUCCUCGCAGCACAACAGCACUGGCAGGAAUGCCCAGCUGUAGCAGGCUGAGUCACAGAUGGCACUGGACCCCGCUCCCAGGACAGCUCCUGCCUGCUGUGUGUUAGGCUACAGGCAGGCAGGCUGGGGCCAGGGGAUGUGUAGAGGCCCCUGCAUCUCUCCCCACCAGUCAUACCCUCCUCCCUAGAGUCAUCUUGUCUGACAGCCUCCCUCUCACAAGCAGGCACAAAUAAUGCCUUGUGCCAGCUACAGUCACAAGCAGAUGCCCUUGUACUCUAACACCUCUGGCAUGUAGCUGGACCCUCCUACAGUUGUUCACACUCUCCCAGAGUCACACCUUAACAAACGUGACCCUCACAGUCAUCCCCCCUCAAAAUCACACACCAAUAGUCUGAUGCCACCUGCAGACGCACCCCCAUAUGGUCAGUUGCACACAACCCUCCUACAGUUCAGACAUGCUCAGCCUCUGAAAUCUGUCACUCAGGCACCGCCACCCCCCACUGUAGUCAGAUCCUAAAAGGACCUCCUCUAUAUGACAGUCACACACACUCUCCAACAGUUGCACCCUGUCACCCCCUACAUUCAUCCCUGCCUUCCCUCACAGCCGCACCACUGAGGCCAAUCUGACAUUAUCAGUCCCCCACCCACCACUCAGAGGGACCCUCAACCUUCUAUAUACUUGCCAAGCCAGUAGAACACCCCUUCCCCAGAAGCACCCUGCUUCGGAUACAAGCAGCUCAGCCCCGAGUGGACACGAGCUCCCCUUCCUUCCAGCUGCGACUGAAGGCAUUUGGGGGCCAACCCCCCCCAGCUCCCCCAUAGCAACACAGAGAAAUCAGCAUGAUCCUCCUCCUGCUAGAGCCGGGUCUAGAUACAGGAACUGAGAGGUGGGAUUCCCGAUACACCCAGACCCAAGGCAAUUUGUGCAGCAAAGUUUUAUUUGGUUUGAGGGGGGUGGAGGGCUGUUUGUUUGUUUUAUUUUUGGAGAGGGAUGGAAAUCAACACACCUCAAACCUGAGCCAUGCACAACCCAGUCAGUACAGUUGUUGGGAAAAUGCAACAAAGGAAGGAAGAAUGAAAAAAACAAGUGACAAAGGAAAAUAAAAUCAACCAAACAAGAAAGGAGGGAGGAGAACGAGUGAAAAAGAAACAAGAGGAGAAAAAUAUGAAGGAACAAGAAAGGAGAGAAGAGAAAAGCCAAAA